AUGUCUGCUAUUUCUGGAUAUCCUCAAGUCCGUCCUGUGGAUGCCAGAAUACAGCCCCAACGGUUUAUCCUUGUAUGGCUAACGGAAUCUAAUCUAAAUGGAAAAUUCUUCAAAUGUUUUUCAUAUUCGAGUCUUUUGCAUACUCUAUUCAGACGUGAUCACCACAACCAACUAGAACGCAAGCGCCGUGCUAGUAUCAAGACCAGCUACAAUGACCUGCGCGAGGCUAUACCGAGCCUGCGAGGCUCAAAGGCAUCUCGUGCUGUCAUACUACAGCGGGCUGUAGAGUAUAUUGAAGAGUUGCACAAGUCAAAUCGAGACCACACACAUUGCGUAGAAACUCUACGCCGACAGAACGACUCUCUGGAUUCUCGGGUUAAUUUCCGUGGUUACGAAGAUCAUAUGAUCACCUAUGCAUACAACAUAGUGUUGAUCCGGGCGACAGAGACACCACAACUUAAAAGCCCGGUGCUUAUCACGAACAGUGACUUGAACCGAUUGAUCGAUUUACUUCCAAUAAACAAUCAAUUCAUUCCGAAGCAAUAA